CUGAACAUAAUAUUUGUGCUUGCGUUUCAUGGUUAACCUAUUCCAUUUUUUUAAUUUAGACUUAAAAACUAGAAAUAUUGACUGAUUUAUACUUUCCUUAAAGUGAAAUUAGUUGUUAUUUUUCGCUAUGGAAAUAUAAUGAAAUGAAGUGGAUUGACAUAACGAUUCUACUACUUUGGAUAUUUGCAUGGUCAUUAUUCUAUCAAAUAUUUGCAGGUGGUGUAAUUGACGAAAGUUGUAAAACUGGUUGUAGUUGUUGUGUUCGAGAGACAUGCGGUCCGAGCCAAGGAUUUGCAGAUGCUUGCACACACGGUUGUAUUGAUGGCCAUGCAGGUGCUAGAUGUUAUAGAACAUGCACAAGUAAUUGUAAAUCAUGUAAUAAUUACGAAACUAGAUGUGAAAAUUGCUAUGAUGGCUUCUAUCUUGGAGGAAAUAAUGACUGUAAAGAAUGCCCAGCAAACUGUAAGACCUGCAUCUCGUACACGAAAUGUACAGCGUGUAAGGAAGGAUUUGAAGACAGAGACGGUUCUCAAGCAUGUGAAUAUAGUAUUUGUCCGCAGAAUUGCAUUUGCAAUAAAACCAGUUGUGUCAGUUGCAAAGCAGGAUUCUACAAUACAACUAUUUUGUGUGUAAAACAAUGUCCUCAAAAUUGUCAGACUUGUGUAUCAUCUGAAUAUUGUGAUAAAUGUAAAACUGGAUAUUACAACGGCAAGGAAUUUGAUAUCGCAUCAAACCGUCAUCUUAAUAAUUGUACAUAUAAAUGUAGAGUUUCUUGUAUAAGUUGUUCGUCGUACAAUUCUUGUCUUAAAUGUUUCACUGGGAAGUAUGGAAUAACUUGUCAAGAAAGAUGUUCGGUCGGUUGCACAGACAUUUCAUGCGCAAUGAACUUAGGAACAUGUGAUUGUUCAUCUAAUUUUUCAGGUGAAAAAUGUACAGAAUGUGUAUAUGGAAAAUAUGGAAAUAUGUGUAACAAAUCCUGUCCAGUUAACUGCAAGAGUAACUUUUGUGAUAGGUUAUCAGGUAAUUGUACUGCAGGGUGUGUUAAAGACACUAUUAUCGGUGAUAAGUGUAACAUUUGUAUCAGUGGAAUGUAUGGUGAACAUUGCAACACACACUGUCCAGAAAACUGCAGAAAUAAUAAGUGUACAAAGGACACGGGGACUUGUUCGGACGGGUGCAAACGUAACUUUGAUGGUACAACUUGUACAGAAUGUAUAAAUGGUAGAUUCGGGGAGGAAUGUGAACAAUACUGUCCGCAAACAUGUGCAAAUAAAAUUUGUAAAAAACAGUCAGGAAAUUGCUUUCAGUGCAUAGGUUACUUUGCUGGAGAUAAGUGUAAUGUCUGUAAAUCUGGAUUUUAUGGACCAAACUGUGACCAGAAAUGUUCUUUCAAUUGCUUCAACGAUACUUGUGGUACUGAUAAAGGGGUGUGUAAAUAUGGAUGCAAGAAAAAUCAUUCUGGGGACAGAUGUUGCUUGAAUAAUGAAAACUGUGUAGAAUGUUCAUCAAAUGCCAAAUGUAAAAAAUGUAAAUCAGGCUACUUUAAUAGUAGCUGUAAACAAAGAUGUCAAGUAAAGUGCCACGGUUCUUGUGAUUUUAUCACAGGCAUUUGUGGUGAAUGUAUUACAAACUAUUACGGACAGUUUUGUGAUUUGACAUGUUCUGAAAACUGCAAAGAUUCACAGACCAACAUACGUCUUUGCGCUUCAUCCAACGGUGCCUGUAUUUUGGGUUGUAUAGAUGGUUUCUUCGGUCUUGCAUGUAAUGAAACCUGCAGCAAUCUUUGUGUGGAUAGCGUGUGCACGCGGGAAAGAGGAAUAUGCGUAAAAGGAUGUACUGGUCAAUACCACAAUCCCGUGUGUCUUCCCAGUUCUGGGAAACCACAAGACGGACAGGAUGAUAGUUCGACAUUGGCUAUAAUUGCCGUUUUAUCAACUCUUUUGGUUGUCGCUUCUGCUGCGUUAUGUAUCUUAGUGUUGAAGAAAAUCAUCAAGAAAAUACGCUCUACUGACAGGCAAACCGAGGAAUCUGUAUUUCAAGUUCACUAUGAAAACUCAUCAGUAGGAAAAGAAACUACACAAACUGAAGAUCAAACUGCUGUUUCUGGAGAAGAAAACAUCAGUUACGAAAUCCUCGACAGAACAGACAUUGCCACUGAACACACGUAUGAUACUGCAAAUCCCAAUGUUAUAGAAAGUACUCCCAACAUCAGAAACAUAGAAUAUGAGAAUUUUCAACUCUAAAUUACUGGACAUUUCAUGCUUCCUUCACGACUGUAUGAAGCGAGCGCAAGAGGCAUCAGGCCAUAUCGGGUCUACGGACAAUGUCAAUAAACAUGAGGGAAAUAUAUGAAGUCCAAUUAAGUGAGAAGAAACAUAUAAAACUCGAUUCGUCCCGUAAUAAAUACGGAUCAAACAUAUAUUAAUUUUUGCCACAAUAUAGUCUCGGUGUAGGACAUUAUCACUGAUUAAGGAAUAUACAAAAAGUGAGAAAAAACAGAUAAGGGUAGAUUUUUCGGAAGCACAGAGCACAGAAGCACAGCCUUAGAGCCACGUAUUUACAAAGUAGGCCAACAACAAAAAGAAGCAGUAACGGAAAAAUAUUACAGACGAAUUGCUUCAAAAAUCUAACAAGUGGAACAUACGUCAAAUGUUGCUUAAAUUGUUGAUUGACCACAAUAAGUUUCUACUUAUACAUUUUCAACGGAAUGAAUUGAAGUUGAUGAUAUAUCAGAUUCAAAGUUGGUAUUUUGUCCGCUAGGUGAAUGAAAUAUUGGUGCUGAUUUUAUUUGUCUUUGUACAUAUUAGCAUUUCAGUUAUUAUUUCUAUUCAUACAUGAUUUUAUUUCUUGACGGUAUCACAAAUAGUCAAAAUGCAAUAGCAUUAUGUUUAUUAAUCUAUAUGUAAAAUGUGUAAAUGCUCUUUAACUUCCAAUAUUUUGUUUUAAGUACUGUAUUUAAAGUUCUCCGAUACCCCUCACGCUGUCCUAUGUUGUAGGUAUAUAUACACUUGAUCAAAGAGUAUAUUUGGAAUGUUAAUAGUAUUUAUUUCUUUUCUGUGUAAAAUUUGUCAAGGUUUAGUCUGUUUGACCCGCUAGAUUAAAUUUCAUUUGCUUUGUAAUUUCAUAAGAAUUAUAUUCAAAACACUACACACAAGGAAGUUCGCAUAAUUACGUACAUUAACUUUAUUUAAAUAAAUUGAUUGGUUUCGUUGGCCUUGGAAUAAAACCUAAAACUGUUUGAUUUUCUUCUCAAGAUUCGUGCUAUGCAUCAUUCUAUAUGAAUCUUUGGGCAGUACUAUGAACUCUGCAAAAGUUGCAUGUGAAUUCAUUGACGAAUAAAAGUGCACCUUGCAUUUGUCAAUAAAUCAAAAACUAACCAAAAAAGCAAAAAGAUCCUCCUACCCUCUGGAAUAUUUAUAAAUAUAAGAUAGUUAACCAGGUUUGGAGGCUUUUCCCCUUUAACAGUUAUUACAGAACUCGGCAGAUACGAUUUUACACUAAUCUCAAUAAACUUAAACUUCGUAAAUUGCACUCUUUUUAAGCUUCAACAAAAAUCUUUCAGCUGUAUGACAGUAUAAAUAUAAAGCUAGCAAUGGCGUAUCAUAUUUCCUCAAAUGUUCAUAUUUACUUCCUUCUUGACUAUUCUUUCGUAACAUUUAAGUAUACUAUUUAUGUGUAGAAGUUUUAAUGUUCAGGUUAUCUCAGCAUAUUUUUAGCUCACCUGUCACAUAGUGACAAGGUGAGCUUAAUUUGUGAUCAUCCUUCGUCCGUCGUCCGUCUGUCAACAACUUCUUGUCUGCACGAUAGUGUUUUUAUUUAUGAUUUUAUUUUAACCAAAUUUGCACACAACAUAUAUCACCAUAAGAUCUUGGUUCCUUUUUUGAACUGGCCAGAUUCCAUUAUGGGUUCCAGAGUAAUGGCCCCUGAUAGGGACAGAAUUAGCUAUUUUGACCUUGUCUGCACAAUAGCAGCUUCAUUUAUGAUUUGAAUUUAAUCAAACUUGCACAUAAAUUGUGUCACCAUAAUACCCUGGUUCCUUUCUUGAACUGGCCAGAUCCUAUAAUGGGUUCCAGAGUUAUGGCCCCUCAAAAUGCCAAAAUUAGCUAUUUUGACCUUGCCUGCACAAUAGCAUCUUCAUUUAUGAUUUGAUUUUAACCAAACUUGCAUAAAAUUUGUAUCACCAUAAAAUCUUGGUUUCUUUCUUGAACUGGCCAUAUUCCGUCAUGGGUUCUAGACUUAUGGCUCCUUAAAGGUCCAAAAUUUGCUAUAUUGGCUUUAGCAGCCAUAUAGAGACUUCAUUAUGGUUUGAUUUGAUACACUCUUCCGAAAUAUCUUCAACAACAAUAAAUCUUGGACUCCAUGACGAAUCUGUCAGAUCUAAUCGUAGGUUCCAGAGUUAUUUCAUAUCUGAUUACCUACCCUGAUUGUAAUCAAAAUGGAUUUAUAUCAGUAAGUACUAAUAGGACUUAUUUGAAAUUUCAUUAUUGUCAUUAGUUGGACUGAGACAAUCAAGGUACAUAACUAUGGACUGAUUUUAUAUCAAAUUACCUCCCUUUAUUUCAAAUUAAAAUGGGUAUAUCUCCGUAACUGAUGAAGAUACUGAUCUGAAAUUUCAUUUAUGUCAACAGUCGGACUUGGACAAUCAGUGAAGAUACCUAUUGACUGAAUUUACGACAAAUUACAUUCCUUUAUUUUUUAUCUAAAUGAAUAUACCUUAGCAGCUUCUAAUGAGACUAGUUUGAAACGUUAUUAAUGUUUUCCAUGGUAAGAAAAAGUCAUAUUAGAUAACUCUUGAUUGAACAUUUAUCGAUAUGAAUAAUUUACUAAUAUAUUGUUGUAUAUGCUUGUACUCGUUUUUUUCUACAUGCAUAUACCAAUGCAUGAUUACCUCCCCUGAUUUUAAUAAAAAUGGAUUUAUCUCGGUAAAUAUUUAUAGAACUCAUUUGAAAUUUCGUUAUUGUCUUUAGUUGGACUGAGUCAAUCCGGGUAGAUAGCUAUGGACUGAUUUUAUGUCAAAUUACCUUCUUUGUUUCAAAUUAAAAUGGGUGUAUCUCAGUAGCCAAUGAAGAUACUGAUUUGAAAUAUCAUUUGUGCAAUCAGAUGGACUCGGACAAACAGGGUAGAUAACCUUUGACUGAAUUUAUUCCAAAUUACAUCCCUUUAUUUUAUGUAAACAAAUAUAUCUCAGCAGCAUCUAAUGAGAUUGGUUUUAAAUUAUUUAAGUCUUCCAGGGUAAGGAAUAGUAAUGUAAGUACAAAAAGGCAGCAUUGGAACCUAGGACCCUCAAACUUGGUAUGGAAAUUGGCCCUUACUAGGUUAAAAGGGAUUGUUACAAGAAAAUGUUUAUCCUUAUGAUAUUUAAUGUGUAUGCUCUAUGUCAAAACUUGAUCAUAUCAUUUUGAGCAAUGGUACUUAGGUGAGCGAUACAGGGCCAUCAUGGCCCUCUUGUUUAAUUUAGUAUGCUUGAUCUACCAAGUCUGCUUUUGUUUAGUUUUGUGUACAUUUGUUUGCUGCUUUUAUGUUGACUAAAAUACUCUGGAUCAAGCAACAGACAGAGUAUCCUACUAAAAUGAAUUUAUGAUGAAUUAUAAAGUAAUCAAGAUAUCAUAAGAAUUAAGAACUAGUCUAAAGCCAUCCAUGAGUACUGUUAGUACUGUGUAAAUAUCAGAACAUUUUAUUAAAGGUUUGGUGGCAUGCCCCUUUAACAAUUAUUAUUUAAACGUGCAUACUCUCCCUACGGGACGGUGUAAAUACCCAAAACGUUAAAGAUUACCCCACUUAAUUGAUUUGAUACCAAUAAACUAAAACAAAACUACAUGCUAUUUCAACUUAAAAAUAUGCAUUCGUCUUGUUUAUAAAAUACAAAGUAUUGGGGAUUGUAUUCCUCCUAAAGAUAUUAUCAGUUCAGAAUAUUAACUUCCUUCUUUACCAUUUUGUUAAAAAGUUAUUUCACGUGUGUAAAGUGUCAAGUGUAUUCAUUAAAUAAAAUAUGCAAAGUAA